AUGUCAGGUUUUGACCAAGGAGCGGUGUAUUACUCUGACUCGCUUUUUCAGCACACCGCCGAUCAAGAUAACUUAGCAAAUUUACAGUUUGCCAAGCGGAAAUUCAAAGAUUUUAUACGUCAGUUCAAUGAUGGUGGCUUUGAUUUUAAAUACAGAGAUCAAAUUAAAAAAAACUACGGAUUAAAAAAGUCCUUUAUUGUUGUUAAGCUGAAAGACCUCAACAACUACGACUCUUCACUCACGCAAGAACUGACUCACCAUCCUGGUGAAUACCUACCAGCUUUUGAAGAGGCUGUAACCGAAGUUGCGACCGAACUUGUACGCUCAAGUGACCAGGAGAGCUAUGUGGAGCCUGCUCAGGUGUUGUUUGAAUGGGACACUAAUGCUGUCAGCCUCAGAGAUGUGCAUUCUGAACAGGUUUCAAAGCUGGUUAAGAUCUCAGGUAUUGCCAUCAGCUCGUCAAGUAUCAGGGCCAAAGCCAUCCGUCUCAGUUUGCAGUGUCGUGGUUGUCGGCAGUUCCUGCCUAAUCUCCCUGUGAAGCCAGGAUUAGAAGGUUUCGCUUUACCACGGAAGUGUCCAAGCACUCAACCUGGCGGACCUCAGGUUGCCAGAUGUCCGAUUGAUCCCUUUUUUAUUGUUCCUGAUAAAUGUCAUUGUGUUGACUUCCAGACGAUUAAGCUUCAAGAAACACCGGAAACUGUUCCUCAUGGGGAGAUGCCUCGCCACGUUCUUUUAUAUUGUGACAGAUAUCUUUGCGAGCAAGUAGUUCCUGGGAAUCGUGUUACAGUAGUUGGUGUAUAUUGCAUCCGUGUCACCGUUGCCAAUAAGCGUCCAGGUGCAAAUGAACGAUCAAAUGCUGGUGUUCGUCAACCAUACAUACGUGUCUUAGGACUAUCCAUUGAUACAGAAGGUCCUGGACGUAGUGCAUUAGUAUCUGGUGGUACAGAUGCAACAGGUGCAUCUGCAACUUUAACAGAAAACCAAGAAGAAGAAUUGAUUUCUUUAGCCAACUCACCAAACAUUUAUGACAGAUUGGCUCGAAGUAUCGCUCCAUCUAUAUACGGUAGUGCUGAUAUAAAAAAAGCUAUCGCUUGCCUUUUAUUUGGAGGAUCACGUAAACGUCUUCCAGAUGGACUUAUGCGUCGUGGUGAUAUAAACAUGUUGAUGUUGGGUGAUCCUGGAACAGCUAAAUCACAGCUUUUAAAAUUUGUAGAACGAUGUUCUCCUAUUGGUGUAUAUACUUCUGGCAAGGGUAGUUCAGCGGCUGGUCUCACAGCUUCUGUUACCCGAGAUCCGAAUACUCGUAACUUUAUAAUGGAAGGUGGAGCUAUGGUGCUAGCUGAUGGCGGUGUUGUUUGUAUUGAUGAAUUUGAUAAAAUGCGUGAAGAUGAUCGUGUUGCUAUUCAUGAAGCUAUGGAACAACAAACUAUUUCAAUAGCUAAGGCUGGAAUUACAACAACACUAAAUAGUCGUUGUUCUGUAUUAGCUGCUGCUAAUAGUGUUUAUGGUCGUUGGGAUAAUACAAAGGGUGAAGAUAAUAUUGAUUUUAUGCCAACAAUUUUAUCACGUUUCGAUAUGAUUUUUAUUAUACGCGAUGAACAUGAUGUCCAACGUGAUACCACUCUAGCAAAGCAUGUUAUGCAAGUUCAUUUACACGGAAAUGAUCCAGUUGGGACAAAUCUAACGGAUAAUGCAGAUUCAGAUGAAAUUCCACUUAGUACUCUUCGACGAUUUAUUGCUUAUGCACGUGAACGUUGUGGACCUCGUUUAUCUGAAAAAGCUGCAGAAAAAUUAUCAAAUCAAUAUGUUCUCAUGAGAUCUGGUUCUACACGAUAUGAACAGGAGACUGGUAAACGAUGUGCUAUUCCUAUAACAGUAAGACAACUUGAAGCAAUCAUACGAAUUUCUGAAUCAUUGGCUAAAAUGCGUCUAGCUGCUUUUGCUACAGAAUCUGAUGUUGAAGAAGCCUUACGACUAUUUCAUGUAUCGACAUUAGAAGCUGCUAUGACUGGAAGUCUAGAAGGUGCUGAAGGAUUUACAACACAAGAAGAGCAUGAUCUUAUUCUACGUGUAGAGAAACAGCUGAAGAAACGAUUUGUUAUCGGAAGUCAAGUGUCAGAAUAUGCUAUUGUACAAGAUUUUACACGACAAGGCUUUCCAGAACGUGCUGUUACUAAAGUUCUUCAUUUUAUGAUACGUCGUGGUGAAGUACAAUAUCGAAUGCAAAGGCGUAUUCUGUAUCGAAUUAAAUAA